AUGGCUGAAAAUGCUGAAUUUCUGCUGCACGGGUUGACUCCUACUGAUCUCAGAAGAAAGCUGGCUGUGCACGGAGCGGUGGGGCUGGGACUCUUAUCAUACGAUGGCUACCAUGUUAUGACGUCGGGCAAAAUGGAACGUUUUGUUCUGCUUCUGCAUCGCCUUCAAAACAUCAUGAAGAGAGAAGCUUUUGUGAAUGCGGAUCUAUUCAUCGAAAAGUUAGCUGAGAAAAGGGAUCUUUCAGCUGAUGAGGAAAUAGAGCUAAAAGCCAAAGGAACAUACAAGGAGAAGAUCGAUGGAGCUUUCUGCAUUAUACACACAAAACAUCCACAGAAGACCUAUGGUAAUGUUCAGGAUGCUUUACGAGAGAUGGAGAGAGACGAUAUCAUCUGUGAACUCCAGCAGGCAACCAGUAAGCAG